AUGGGGAUCAAGGCUAGCUGGAAGAAGACAGGUGUUACCAUCGCGUCCGACAUGAUGACAGACAAGUGUGGCAGGCCGCAGGCGAAUGUCCUCCUCGUCAACGACGCGGGCGCUGUCCUGAAGGAGUGUGUGGACUGCAACAUGGAGAAGAAAACAGGGGGGUACAUCGCGGGGAUACUGAAACCCGUCGUGGAGGAAGUCGGACCCGAGAACGUCGUUGCGUUCUGUAUGGACGGGGGUUCCAACUACGCGUCGGCGUGCUGGAAGCUGAUUAAGAUGUGGCCCCACAUUCAACAGGUUCCAUGUGCCACCCACGUCAUGGACUUGAUGAUGGAGGACGUGGGGAAAAUGGGGUGGGCAAAAAAGGUGGUUGACCGUGGCGAUGAGAUGAGCUCCUUCACCCGCAACCACCAUUGGACGCGCGGUUACUUGCGGGACCGUAAGUUGGUGGAGGGGAAGGUGUUGCAGCCGUUGAAACCCGCAGGGACCCGCUUUGGGACCCAAUACAUUGCUAUCUCCCGUCUCUGUCAGCUUCGCCCCACCCUGACGCAGAUGGUCGUCAGCGACGAGUGGAAGGUGUGGGCUGCUGGAUCGCGCAAGGAGGUUGCAGAGAAGUUCGCCGCGCAGGUACUCGACACGGCGUGGUGGAAAACUGCCGAGUUUUUCACCAAGCUGAUGCAGCUCCCUUUCAAGGCGAUGCGCAUGACUGACGGGGAGGCAAAAGGGAUGAUGGGCAGGAUCUAUGACAUGAUGCUUCAACUCACGGAGGACGUUGAGGCUCUCAUGGACGCGGAUGAGGAGCAGUUGUGCAUCAGCAAUAAGAAGCAGAUCCGCCGCAUCCUCAAAGACCGGUCGGACGAGAGCCUCGCGUGCGCCAUGCACGUGGCAGGCCGCAUCCUCAACCCCGCGAACCAGGAAGAGGACAUUUUCGGCGGCGACGCUGAAUGCACGCGUGUCGUCAAGGCGAUCCUUCACCAGCAUGCGGAGUUCCUCGUCGGCCACGACGGGAAGGGCAGGGAUGCGGCCUGCGAUUACUUGGUUGAGCUGGGGGACAGGCUGAGGGAUUUCCUGGACAUGAAGAGUAGUUUCGGGAUGGCAGAGGCUGUGGCACAAAGGGAGAUGGUGAAGGCGGGAAAAUACAGCAUGGUGAAGUGGUGGCAGUGGAACGGAACAGAUGCCCCUCGCCUUGCGUCCCUCGCCAUCCGGAUUCUCUCGCAGCCCGUCUCGGCUUCACCCUGUGAGCGUGGCUGGAGGAGGAGGAGGAGGAGGAGGAGGAGGAGGAGGAGGAGGAGGAGGAGGAGGAGGAGGAGGAGGAGGAGGGAGGAGGAGGAGGAGGAGGAGGAGGAGGAGGAGGAGGAGGAGGAGGAGGAGGAGAGGAGGAGGAGGAGGAGGAGGAGGAGGAGAGGAGGAGGAGGAGGAGGAGGAGGAGGAGGAGGAGGAGGAGGAGGAGGAGGAGGAGAGGAGGAGGAGGAGGAGGAGGAGGAGGAGGAGGAGGAGGAGGAGGAGGAGGAGGAGGAGGAGGAGGAGGAGGAGGAGGAGGAGGAGGAGGAGGAGGAGGAGGAGGAGGAGGAGGAGGAGGAGGAGGAGGAGGAGGAGGAGGAGGAGGAGGAGGAGGAGGAGGAGGAGGAGGAGGAGGAGGAGGAGGAGGAGGAGGAGGAGGAGGAGGAGGAGGAGGAGGAGGAGGAGGGAGGAGGAGGAGGAGGAGGAGGAGGAGGAGGAGGAGGAGGAGGAGGAGGAGGAGGAGGAGGAGGAGGAGGAGGAGGAGGAGGAGGAGGAGGAGGAGGAGGAGGAGGAGGAGGAGGAGGAGGAGGAGGAGGAGGAGGAGGAGGAGGAGGAGGAGGAGGAGGAGGAGGAGGAGGAGGAGGAGGAGGAGGAGGAGGAGGAGGAGGAGGAGGAGGAGGAGGAGGAGGAGGAGGAGGAGGAGGAGGAGGAGGAGGAGGAGGAGGAGGAGGAGGAGGAGGAGGAGGAGGAGGAGGAGGAGGAGGAGGAGGAGGAGGAGGAGGAGGAGGAGGAGGAGGAGGAGGAGGAGGAGGAGGAGGAGGAGAGGAGGAGGCGGAGGAGGAGGAGGAGGAGGAGGAGGAGGAGGAGGAGGAGGAGGAGGAGGAGGAGGAGGAGGAGGAGGAGGAGGAGGAGGAGGAGGAGGAGGAGGAGGAGGAGGGGAGGAGGAGGAGGGAGGAGGAGGAGGAGGAGGAGGAGGAGGAGGAGGAGGAGGAGGAGGAGGAGGAGGAGGAGGAGGGAGGAGGAGGAGGAGGAGGAGGAGGAGGAGGAGGAGGAGGAGGAGGAGGAGGAGGAGGAGGAGGAGGAGGAGGAGGAGUUCCACCCAUCAGCGCCUACCGCGUGUCCCCAUCGCGCGUAGCCAUCCUGGGCCUGUCAGCCCUGGCGCUGCACGGAGCGCACCGGCUGUCGCUGUGCGAGUGGCACGGCGUGGAUGGGUCCGUCAUACCGGGGGUGCUGGAGAUGAUCUAUGUGGGCGAACACCAUAACUUCCUGUACGAGACAGUGGUGGUCAACUGCCAGCUGGAAUCACCUGUGCAAUCACCUGGGGGCUACCUGAAGGCGCGCAUCAACUCGGAGAUCCUCUACCCCUUCAGAGAAUCCAAGUCUGAGUCCAUUACCACCCCCACGGCCCCCUUCAAGCACCGGCUGCUCUUCUAUGGGCCGCCCAUGUACGGCACCAUGGAGCCACGCGUGCUCUUAGAGUGGCUCGACUACCACCGCAUGUACACCACUGCUUACCAUUUCAUUCUCUUCCUUUCCCAACCCUCCCCUCCCUGUCCCCCAGCCCAUUGCCCCCCCCACGGCCCCCUUCAAGCACCGCUGCUCUUCUCCCCCUUCAAGCACCGGCUGCUCUUCUGUGGGCCGCCCAUGUACGGUGCCAUGGAGCCUCGUGUGCUGCUCGAGUGGCUGGACUACCACCGCGUGUACGCCGCAGCCGACCACUUCAUUCUCUACGAUGCGGGCGCCGUGGGCGUGGCGGUGCGGCGCACGCUGCAGGGGUACCUGGCGGGGGGCGUGGUUGAAAUCACGGACUUUCGCGAGGCGCAGCAGUGGGACACAUGGCUUGCGGCGGCUGCUGGAGGGGUAGGGUAUGUGGGGCGGGGAGGGGGGGUUGUGGAGAUCACCGAUCACUGCUCACGGCAGCAGUGGCUUACCCAUCCUGUUUUCAAACCUCCCACAGUCAGCAGUAAGUCACUGGCCAUUCAGGACUGCAUGUAUCGAUCGCGCCGCACAGCCCAGUGGGUGUUCAUGCAGGAUUUUGACGAGUUCCUGGAGCUGCUGCCGCCCCUCACCAUGCCGGCUCUCCUGGAAAAGUACCACGACCGCCCCUGGAUCACCUACGGCUGCACCGUCUUCAACAUGUCCUUCUGUGUCGAUACCCCCCGCGACGCCUCCUCCGCUGCCUCGAAUCCCAACCGCCGAAGCGGGGACCUUCGCGGCGCCGCUAGUGGUGGGCGGAGGGUGCAUAUGGAGGGGCUGCUUAUAGAGAGGAUGCAUUUCCGGUGGCCGCACGUGUACUGUAUGGACACGCAGAAAUACCGCCCAGAGCACUGUCUAGACCAGGAGGGGCACCGGAAAUACAUCCUCAACCCGCGCAAAGUGCAGGCCGCUCAGAUCCACAUCGUCGUCAAAACAGAGGACGGCGGGGGAGGCACGGCGGCCGGCGGAGGGGAGGGCUCGGGGGAGGGAGCAGGGGAGGGCGUGGGGGAGGGCGUGGGGGAGGGAGUGGAUAUGGAUACGGAUGACAUGCGGCUGGCGCAUUACAGGGGCCUGGCCACCAAGGGGUCGAGGAUGUGUGAGCUGGGGGAGCCCAAGGACUGGUGGAUGCGGUACGAUCGGGUUGGGAGCAUUGCCGCGGCCGUGUGGAACUGCCCUCUCGUCGCCAGUAACCGCCAGGCAUGCACACCGAGUGGCAUCGCCACAACUCUUGCAGCUACAGCUGACUCCACUCGCACGCAGUGA